AUAAUUGGGUCAUUAGUAAUGAGCUUCAAUAAUAAAUUUACUGCCAGUGGCAAUGAAAUGCGCUGUUCACAAAAACCUCGGAAUUAUCGGAGGUUAUCGUCUCUUUUUAUAUUUGUGCUAAAAUGUAUUGUACCUACCUACCUGUGUGCUCUUUUAGUGUCUGAAGUGAAUUGUGAAUUUUUCUUAAUUUCCACCUAAUAACGGUGAUUUAUACACAUAAAGAACAAAUAUGAAGUUUCCGAAAACCCUUUUUUUGGUGCUGUUUUACAUAAGCYGGAGAUUUAGCGACGUUUGUGCAUAUGCCCCCUCAAAUCCGCUUGUUUAUACCAAAUAUGGUUCUGUUAUUGGAUCAGUAGAAUUUUCAAGAAACUCAAGAGCUUACAUGUCCUUUAAAGGAAUUCCCUACGCAAAACCUCCUGUCGGAGGAUUAAGAUUUAAGGCACCCGAGCCACCCGAACCUUGGAGUUUUUCUAUAAACGGAACCAAAGAUGCCCCAUACUGCAUCCAAAAAAAUUACUUCUUUAGUGAUCCAAACGUAGAAGGCAGUGAAGACUGUUUGUACCUAAAUGUAUAUGUUCCAAAAACUGAAACCAACCAACUUUUACCCGUAAUGGUGUUUAUCCAUUGGGGCGGAUUUUUCGCAGGCCGAGGGUCAAGUGAUUACAUUGGUCCUGAAUACAUUAUGGACAAAGACGUCAUUUUGGUCACUUUCAACUAUCGCUUAGGUGUUUUUGGAUUUUUUUCCACACUAGAUGAUUUUGCUCCUGGAAAUUUCGGUUUGAAGGACCAAGUAAUGGCUUUAAAGUUUGUUCAUGAAAAUAUUGAAUGCUUCGGUGGUGACAACAACAGAGUGACAAUAUUUGGACAAAGUGCUGGCAGCGGCAGUGUCAGCUUGCAUCUAAUAAGUCCUGCUUCUCGAGGCUUGUUUCAACAAGCCAUCAGUCAAAGUGGGGCUGCUUUAGACUUAUGGGCGAGACCACUCAACGCCGUACAACCGAAUGUCACGGCUGCUCUUGCUUUAUUUACGGGAUGUGCUGAGCAUAUUGGCAACAGUAAAAAUAUUGUCGAUUGCUUAAGAAAAAUCGAAGCCACCCAAUUGGCGGAAACUGCAGAUAAUUUCAAAUAUUUUUCCAUCGAACCGCUGACUCCUUAUUCAAUGGUCACUGAAAAACAAACAGCAGCCAAUCCUAAUCCUUUCUUAAUACAAGAUCCUCUAGAGUCUCUACAAGCUGGCGCCUUUAUGAAAAUCCCUUGGAUUGUGGGCAGUGUCCAAGAAGAAGGAAUCUUAAGAGUUGCAGCAUUGGUGCGGCAGCCGGAAACUCUCAAACAACUUAACACUAACUUCGAUAAUCUAAUAACACAAAUGUUCGCACUUCAAUUCAGUGCUGGAGCAAACGCAAGCUCGCUUUUACAAAAUAUGACCAAUUUUUAUCUUGGAGGGAAAUCUUUCGUAGAUGUAAAUAAUCCAAAUAGUGUUCAAGGAUUUAUUGAUUUAUAUAGUGACAGAGCGUUUCUUUAUGGCAUCUACCAAACUGUUAUUUUGCAACUGAAAAAAGGUCACAAACCUAUUUGGAUGUAUAAUUUUAAUUACAAAGGUCAAUAUACCUAUGGUGAUAAAUUUGCAGCCACAGAUAAAGACAUAAACUUCCCAUGGGGAGUGAGCCACUGUGAUGAUUUGCUCUAUCUUUUUAAAUCGCCUGGACUUUUCCCUAACUUGCAAAAAGACAGUGAUAUUCUUAUGAGUAAAACUUUAGUGUCUUUAUGGACUAAUUUCGCAAUUCAUGGAAAUCCCGAUCCACAUGAAGAUCUAAACUGGAACAGCUUGAAUUUUGAGAACUCAGAAGACAUCAAACUUGCAAAUUUGAAUAUUCUGAAUAUUACUGGAAAUCACGAAACUGGCAAAAUUUCAUUUAAUUAUGGGAAAAGCCAAAUUCUUGACAGAAUAAAAUUCUGGGCGCAACAAAAUAUUCUUGAAAGUUUCCCCGACUUCAGCUAAUUGCUAAUUACUGUGUGUUUUUACUUAUUUAAUUUAUGUCUACCUUACUGAUGAUGAACAAGUCCAAUAAAAAUUAUUCUUUUAAA